GAAGCACGCAAAAUCGGACCCAUGAUGAUGGGAGCUUUUACUUUGACAGGCUGUAUGUACUGCGGGAGUUUCCUGGUAGAUUCAGAGCAGAGAGGUUCCGCGAGCAGAUUGUGCGGGAUGGAAACGCGGUGUUUAUAUCUUUUACUGGUGUGUGUGCUGUCAGUGUAUCCUGCCACAGCCGACAAUGGCAGCGUUAAAAAGAUGAAAAUGCAAUAUACUGGAAUGCCACUGUUGAAGUUUCAGAUUUGCGUGUCCUGAGGGUACAGGCGGGUGUUUGAAGAGUACUCUCGGGUUCUCACCCAGAGGUACCCAGACAUCCGCAUCGAGGGUGAAAACUUCCUGCCACAGCCUUUAUACAGGCACAUAGCUUCCUUCCUCUCCGUCUUCAAGUUUGUAGUGAUUGGUUUAGUUAUCCUGGGCAAGAACCCUUUUACAUUUUUCCAUAUGGAGGCUCCAGGAAUCUGGCUUUGGGCACAAGAGAAUAAGAUGUAUGCCUGCAUGAUGGUGUUCUUCCUCAGCAACAUGAUUGAAAACCAGUGUAUGUCCACUGGCGCCUUUGAAAUCACACUUAAUGAUGUGCCUGUGUGGUCAAAGCUUCAGUCUGGCCACCUGCCCUCUAUGCAGCAGCUGGUGCAGAUUCUGGAGAAUGAGAUGAAGCUGAGCGCACACAUGGACUCUCUCCCCCACAGACGGGCGUAAAGCUGCAGGAACUGAACAGACUGGCUGUGACUUGUGUGUGAUGCGAGGCCUUGGUGUGUAAGAUGGCAUUAAUGAAGGUUUGCACUGAAUGCAGUGUGUCUGCUAGUGCAAGCUGGAUGUCCAGUCCCUCUCACUGCUCCAUGAGUCUCUCUGUACACACAUCCACUCUGCAGUCUUUGACUAAGAAUUAUGGAGGAAAUGGAAAGUUUCAUCUGAAAAUAUUCUGCAGGCAUCGACCAAUAACAACACAUGCUGUUAAGUGGAUCAAAUUGGUGUUAAAUACAGUGUUAACCUGUUUUCGGGUCUGUGCAGUAUUAAUUACUGAAAUCAGUUUUCAAAGUAUUUCCAAAGUUUGAAAUUCAAACUCUUUGUAAUGUGUUGAGAAUUACAAUUCUGUAUUACAAUUCUUGUGCCAAUUUAUUCAUUCCACUCUGAUGUUUAUGCAAUGUACGUUCUAGACAACGGUAUUCAUUAAAAAAAUAUAAAAAGUUCUGUAAAUUUAUGCAAUAACUAAAUAUGUGCAUUGAUGCAUUUUGAUUUUUGAUCAUAUUUAAUAUUUGUUUAUAAUCUGUUUUAAAUAAAGUCAACCAAUGGAUGUGUAAACAGUA